AUGGAUGGCAAUAUUCGUUGGGACGGAGUGAGUGGAGAUACCGAUAGUGAAAUUGCACAAAAAAGAGCGAACCUUGUGAACGACGAGAUUCACAGACCGGCCAGGAAGAUACAGACAAUCAGCGAUGAGCAAUGGGAUAAGUGGGUCGAGGAGGCGAGGGAAAGAAGGAUCCUCAGGGGGAAAGCAGAACAGGAUGAAAGGGUCCGCCAAUACGUGAGAGAAGAGCGGAUCAAGUUGCAGACGGAGCAGGCCAAAGAGUACGAAGAUCAACUGGCACGAGAUGUCGAUCGUGAUGCAAAGCACCGUCUGUGGUAUGAGGCCUUUUUCAACCAAUUCCAUGAUCCAGAUGACCCGAACGAAUUCUCUGAAGGGACAUGGAAGACAGUGUACUACAGCGUGUCUUGGUAUCUGAUGAAGAUGGAUGCCGUCUACAACUGGACCCAGACUACGCAAAAGGUCUACCUGCUGCACAGGCUGCGCAAAUCGCAGAAUCGCAUCACCGAAGAGGAAUCUCAAUACUUCUAUGGUGUUGCAACGAGGAAGGAUCCCAAAACGGGGAAUCAGGUAUCUUGGCCUUGA